AUGGAGAAUUUGCACGCUAAUCCGACCGUUUUCGAUCUACAGAAGCUGGAGAAAUACACAAGGAGUAAUGGUAAGUGAAUAAAAAAGGGAAGGUGCGUGCUUGAUGGCAUGCAAGAAAUGCAGGAAGUGCUGGCGAUAGAGGGAAAAUAUUUGAAUUCUAAAUUUUGGACUUUAAUUUUUGCAGGUUGAAAUUUUUCUUGGAAAAACGUGGGAUCAAAAUUUUUCCAAAAAAAAAAGAAAAUAAAGAAAAUAUUUCUUGAGAUGAUGAUAUUGGGUAUAAACCUUGAUUAGUUUUUUCUGAGACGUAUGCAGGACUUUUGGCUCACGCUUUGCUCAAAUCAGGGUGAUUUUUGGGUCGAAAAGAUAAUCGAAGUCAUUAUUUUUGUAACUGCAUCAUGAAAGCGGGUUAUGGCAAGCGCAAUUGUGUUUUUCUGAGUGCACAAUUUAUAUGUCAUACAUCAUUUAGCUAGCGUUCUGAAUUCCCAACCGAUUGUUGGCCAAACGCUGCGGUAAAUGAGAGAAAAGUCUAUCAUUUACCGUAGUUCUGAGCAACAGAUUCCUUUUGCAAAAUUCUUGUAGUCGAAUAAAAUUCUACAUAUUUUGUUUUGAAAGAGUACGCAAAAUGUCAAAUUUCCGAAAAUCUUUGUUCUAAAAAUAUCAGUGGUUUCUGCAAAAUAUUGGGGGAGGAGAGUAAAAACACGUGUUGCCACUCCAGUCAGCAAGUCAGGCGUGCUGGGCGGGUCGCACUUGCGGGAAACCACGUUGUAGGAGCUAGAAAAGACGCUGAGAUUGACGUUUGGAAAUCAGCCAACAUUUUCUUACACCAGGAAAUUCUAGCGAUAGAUUUGGCACUUAGAUGUUGCGAAUUAAAACUUCCAAGUGCAUAAUGGUUGAAUAGUUGCCAUAAGGUUCACCAGGCAUUUUUAAAGUUCAUAAGCCACUUUUUGAAAACAAAUUCCCAUAACUUUUUUUUUGGAUGACAAGCUGUUUACAUCUCAUUGUUAUCGUAGCUACCCCUGCUGACAGUUAGCUCUAAAACCCCUAUUUUCAGCGAACGCGGACAUCCCGGUGUUCCACCUCGUCCUCGUGAUCGUCUCCGUCCUCCUGAUCUGCUGCUCCAUCUUCACAGCCAUCGGGAUUUAUCUUCGAGUCCUCCAUUUGAGUCGGCGCCACAAAAGGAAACGGCGGAAUGUUGAGGAUGGAAACAAAUCAAUUCAGGCAGCACAGCCCCUGAGGGUGAAUGUGGAGGAAUGCUGA